CAGCGCCGCAAUCAAGAAAAAACCUAUCAACGCUGCAUCCAUAGGAGAAAAACUAGUGCAAAUCGAAGAAGGCACUUAUAGUUGAAUGGAACACUGCUUUGAAGCGCUGUUGAACACCUACUUCACGGAUGGGGCGGAGAUUGAGAUUAGCAGCGACGACGAUGGCUUCCGCGGCGCGUGGUACGAGGGCAAGGUGGUCCGCUCUGUUUCGAAGAAAGUAAAGAAGAAUGCCAGCAAGAAAGAGCACCGGGUGCAGGUGGUGGUGGAGUACGCGACGCUAAUGGCGGACGAUGGCGACACGCAGCCGCUACAAGAAACAGUCGACAUCGUGCAGGUCCGGCCGCGGCCGCCCCGGGAGCGCCGCCGGACCUUCAACUUCAACGAGGAAGUGGACGCCUACUGCAAUGAUGGAUGGUGGGAGGGCAUUGUAAUGAAGGUGCUGGAAGGCAGGAAGUACUCCGUUUUCUUCAGGGCAAGCAAGGAACAGCUGGAUUUCGCGGAGUCUCAGCUCCGUCUCCACCGCGAGUGGGUAAAUGGCGACUGGGCCCCGCCCUUGGAACAUGAAAAUGAUGAGGAAAUAGUAACUCCAACAGAGAAGAAGCGUAGCAAUGAUAUCGGUCAAGAAAUUUUCAGUCAAGGAAUGAAAGUUGAAGUUAGCAGUGAUGAAGAGGGUUUUAAAGGUGCUUGGUUUGCUGCAACUGUUGUAAAACAAUUAGAUAGCGGUAAUUACGUGAUAGAGUAUCAGAACCUAAGGAAUGAUGACGACACAGAGUUUUUGCAAGAAGAGGUCGAUCAUUUGCAUAUACGGCCAUGUCCUCCUGAUAUUGAAAGAGUUAAUAGUUUCAAAGUUCAAGAGAAAGUUGAUGCCCUGUAUAAUGAUGGAUGGUGGGUGGGGAUGAUUUCUAAAGUUCUUAAAGGAAAAAAAUACAUUGUGCACUUCAGCAAUACAAAUGAGGAAUUGGAGUUUAAGCAUGUUGAUGUGAGGCCACACCAGGAUUGGAUUGAUGGAAAAUGGAUUAUGGCUUCCAAGGCUAAACAAUUGUCCUCGAGGACCAGCAAAUCGAAGAGUUAAUGGAUGAGUUCACCUGACUUAGUGUUUGUACAAUCUUUGAUAUGUGUGUUACUGGAGUUAUGAUGUGUAUGCGUUUAUCUAUGUUCAUUGGUAUACUGUGGAGAGUGAUUUAGUAGGAAUUGGGUGAAAAUGUGUGUUUCAGAAAAAGCAGUUACAAGCCUCAUUUUCCCAAACUGUAAAAAUAGGUUACAGGGAGGCUGGGAGGAGAACAACUUCAAUAUUUUCAAUUUCAUCUUCGGUACUUUCUUCUUUA